AUGGACAGUUGGACACUAUCACUUCAGAACGGCACCAUAUAUAACAUGCAGCCACAGUACGCGACUCACUACAACAUCGCCUCUCUUCAGCAGAAUCAAAUGCCCACUCCGCUCACCAGUCCUACAGAUGCAGAUCUGAUUACCUAUGGCGACGUCGGCUUGGUCGACAGUCAACAGCAGUCGGAUAUCCUCAAGAGUAAUUAUGAUGGUUUCGACUGUAGUCAGCAAACAGGCUUGCUGGCCGACUCAUCAGGCGAUUCGUCUGCUCGCAAUAAUAGAAAGCCGCAACCCCUGUCGCUCGAAAUUGCAUCCGAUGACUAUAAUCAGAUGGCCACCGAUUAUGCAUACGCUGAAUCGUCGGCAAGCACACCAUCUCCAGUUACUCCCGUCUUUGUCAACUCUAACAUUUACGGCGCUAAUAAUUACACAUUUAAUGACUUGAGCGGUCGCAUUCAUUCUCAUGAUUUAAACGUGUCCACCUUGUGUGAUCAAUCCGGUAUAGGAUGCGAUAGCGCGUCUACAACACCGCAACUACUAGUAUACAGUCCGGGUGAAAAGCUAGAAGAGACUCAGACGAUUCCUCCCGCAGCUGUUGAAUUGGCGCAGAGCUACAGUUCUCCACAGUCGUUUACCGAACUGCUCGCAAACACUCCAGGUACCAUCGAAGUCGAAUUGUCCGCCGAUUACUUUAACAGCAAAACGUAUAGCCGUUCGGAAAUGCACAGCCAGUGUCAGAUGCAGAUAUCGAGCAGGCGGCAAAGUACCCAACUGACUGCCUCCCUAAAGUCGGAUGUUACGUCACCAGUGCUUUCAUCCGCAGAUUCUCCUGCUAGCAAUUCGGCGUCGACCCCAAAAUCGCCGAAAUCUCCUACAUCUCCGCAAAAUUCUAAUUCCGUGUAUCUUCGUCGGACUUCGUUGGGAAAUGCCAUCCUCGAGGAUGAAGAAGAUUUAUUGAACAAUUCCACGAUUGCUCCAUCAACAGCCUUUUUGUCAUCACACAUACUACCCGAGAUUAACACACGUGUUAAUGCUAGAUUAAGUCAGAGCACAACAGUGCCAAUUAUUCACGCGUAUUUGAGCGCUCCUAACCCGUCCAGCCUGGGAGAAAAGACUGUUAUGGUGAUGACCUCGAAAGUUGCGCAAAAGUCGUAUGGAACCGAAAAGAGAUUUUUAUGUCCGCCACCCACGACCAUCAUUCUGGGCUCCAGUUGGUGGUGUCCGCCGCCGCCAAGCACUGAUGCCAAUCAUACCCAAACAUCGUCUCUCAGUCCGCCGAGGAUUACUGUCGGCAUAUCCAGCGAACAGAGUCAUCACGCUGGCAUAUUCGAGUGGAUCAGUCCAUCUGGCACCUCGCUAGAUCCGACAUCUUGCUCAGAGAUGGCCAUUAGUGGCAAAUGUGUGUCAAAGCACUUGUACAUCAACGAUACGGACGAAAAGAGAAAGCGGGUCGAAGUUAAUGUUAAAAUUCAAAAUCCAUGUGGGCAGAGUUUUGGUUGCUUUGCUAGCAAGCCUAUUAAAGUAAUCAGCAAGCCCAGUAAGAAGAGGCAGAGCGUCAAGAACAUGGAGUUAUGCAUACAUCACGGGACUACGAUCUCCCUGUUCAACAGGAUCAGAUCGCAGACGGUCUCUACAAAAUAUCUCGGCGUUUCGGGUAACUGUCACGGGCAGAGUUUUGCGCCCUGGAGUAAUGGUGCGUUUGCGUCUGUAAGCCCAGUCGAACAAGGCAGAACGUUUGUUGCGCGGACUGGUAGUUGGGAUCCAUUUAUCAUCUGGAUAGUCGAUACCAAUUACGUCAAGGGCAAGGAUGACCCUCAAGUUCCUCCGCAUCCAAGCUUCCCUCGGCCUCCGCUCAAUGCUCUCAAAUAUAAUCCAAACAACCCCAUUCCGAUACAUUACAAUCAGCCAGUUGUGUUGCAGUGCUUGUCAACCGGUAUCACCAGUCCAGUAAUGAUUAUCAGAAAGGUGGACAAGGGGAGUAUGGUAAUUGGCGGUGCAGUGAUGGAAGAUAAUAACGGAUAUAUGAGCGAAGCACUUGGAGACCCAGUCUCUCAACUUCACAAGGUGGCUUUCCAGAUUAAAGACCAAGAGACCAUGAUGGCUUCCAAUAUUCCAAACUGCUCAAGUGCGAGUUUCCCGUCGGGUCCAGGAGUUUAUCUCGCUUGCCUUAGUGAUGUGGUCGGUCAGCAGCGGGCAAACGACGGCCGUAAACUCAUUUCUACCGCGGCAGCUUCAGCCACCAAUAGCGCACCAUUCAUCGACAUGAUACCCCAGAGUUCGAACGUGACAUCUUCCAUAGCAGCAGCGUGGGCCGCGGCACAGACAUCCUUUGCAUCCAAUGCGGCUCCGUUCAGCGAAAGUACUAUUUUAUCGUCUGAUGGUAUUAGGACUAAUUCUCGCAAGAGACGAGUCUCCUCCUCUGUUACCGUGAAACCUACCACCUCCAUGACCAAGGCAUCAAUGAAAAGACGGAGGGUCAAUAGCAUGAGUGCGGUGGGAAAUGAGCCUGAAUUUGCGCGCAUCGCAGAAGCCACGAGGGGGCUUGGGAAUUCUCGAUCCAAUAAUGAUGCCAACGCUGGAGCGAUAUGGACCGAAGAUGUUACUGAUUCGGCUGUAUGGACUAUUGUGGGAACUGAUUGCGCAACAUACACCUUUUAUUGUCCGCAAGCGAUAGUUAACGCCACGUCACCGCUCAGUCCAACCCAACAAUUCACUUCGUCGACGACACCAGUUACUCCGGUGCCUAGUGUUACCAAUAUAGUAUCCGCUGCUUCUUCAAACACGUUACCCGCAAACACCCAACUCGCUAGAUCCACUAUACCAAACACAAUCACCAUCUUUGGUGAGAACUACACUCGCGAUUUAAUGGUCUGGUUUGGUGAUAUACCAAGUCCAAGAACAGAGUAUCGAUCUCGGGAAUGCAUUCUGGCUUGGAUACCAGAUGAGCUGCUGUAUAAUGGAAGUAAUGGAAUCAUUAAGAACGAUCGUAUGAUUAAUGGGCGUCCGAGUAGUCAGCUUAAUAGUCAUUCGAGGCCAAUUCUGUUGAGUCGUGGAGACGGUGUCAUAUUCAAGACUGGAAAAUCUUGGAUCUGA